AAAAGGAACUGUAAGAAGAUGGAAAGAAAUGUUUGAAAUCAACAGACAUGUUUAUUAAGUGCGGUCAAACAAGUAUAGUAGGUGCACAAGAGCAUUCAGCAGGGGAAGUUGAAGUUAUUAACUCUACUCUUCAUAAUGAAGUACAGAAUGACACACAUAGAGAAGGAAAUUCUGUAGAUGUUUUUAAUGAUGUUCAUGUUGAAAGUGGUGCAAAGAAAGGUAUGGAGGUAGAAAAAAGGAAUGAACCUGAUCCAUACCAUAAUUAUUUUAUUCGGCCUAAUGAAAACUUUCUUGCUGCAUACUUACAAUAUCAUCCACAUCAACCACAAACAAAUAUACCAUUUUCUGCAGCCAAAGCGUAUACCAGAAAAGAUGGAGGAAAUUGUAUGUGGGUAACUUUCAUAUCAGAAAACCCUGCUAUAUUUUGUAUUUUAUGUAUUUUGUAUGCUAAGUAUACUGAUAAUAAUACAUUUAUACAUGGCAUAACGGAUUAGAAGCAUUUAUACAACUGUAUUGAAGAAUAUGAAUAUUCAAAAUGUCAU